GAGAGCAGGUCAGUUCUACCCGUGGUGCACUUGCCGUUCUUCACACAGGCCCUACUAUAAUGCCGACUUAGGAAGGAAAUCUCCCAGAAGACAGCAGGGAUUUGGGGGCAGCUGAAGCCACGGAAAAAGAAUUAAUUUUCCGAAAGAGGAGGUUUUGCGGUUUCCGCUUCAGUGACAACCACUGGAAAGACCUGGCCUUUCUACUUACGCACGCGAUUGGACCGUGAGUGGCAGAGAGGCGGUACAUUUGUGCGGAGCGGGCGGACAGGAAAUUCGCUCUCCCAACCAACUAAGCCGCGCCUCCCCGGCUUCCGGUCUCCUCCCUGUCCCCCACUUCCGGUCUCGCCCCGCCGCUCCCGGAAGGCUGAGUGUUCCGCUCGCUGGCGGCGGGGAAAGAUUCUGACCCGAAGAACUAUGGCUGCCGAGGGGUCUGCGAAGACGGCGUUGCAGGUGGCCGAGGUGCUGGAAAACAUCAUGAGCAGCUGCCUGGGGCCAGACGGGCGGCAGGUUUUGUGUACGAAGCCCACCGGUGAGGUGCUGCUCAGUCGGGAUGGAGGCCGCCUCCUGGAGGCGCUACACUUAGAGCAUCCCAUAGCGAGGAUGAUUGUGGCAUGUGUUUCCAGUCAUCUCAAAAAAACAGGAGAUGGUGCUAAAACAUUUAUUAUCUUUCUUUGCCAUUUGCUCAGAGGACUUCAAGCAAUCACAGACAAAGAAAAGGAUUCUUUGAUUUCUGGAAAUAUUCAAACUCAUGGAAGGCAUUGGAAAAAUUGUUGUCAGUGGAAAUUUAUUUCUCAAGCUCUUUUAAGGUUUCAGACACAAACAUUAGACUAUGUGAUGGACCAAUACUUACGCAGACACUUUUUGACUAUCUUUUCUUCAUCUACUAAAGAGAGAAUAUUGUGUAGGAGAUCUUUACAGUUGCUCUUAGAAGCAUACUUUUGUGGAAGAGUGGGAAGAAGUAAUCAAAAAUUUAUUUCACAGUUGAUGUCUGACUAUUUUUUCAAGUGUAUGGCUAGUAAAAGUGGGAAUGAAGUAUUUGAGUUAAUGGAUGACUGUUUUGUAGAACUGACUGUUGGUGUUACUGGUCUUCCUGUUUCAGAUUCUAGGAUUGUACCCGGGCUUGUGCUUCACAGAGAUUUUUCUGUGUACUGCCCAGCAGAUGGUGACAUAAGAAUAGCUGUAGUAACAAAAACCAUUCAGCCUCUUUUUUCAACUUCUGAAUCAGAGUUUGUUCUAAAUUCAGAAGCACAAUUUCAGGCAUCACAAUUUUGGAUUAUAGAAAGGACAAAAGCAAUAAUAAGACAUUUACAGAGUCAGAAUGUGAAAUUGCUCCUAUCUAGUGUGAAACAACCAGACUUACUUAUAUAUUAUGCAGGACUGAAUGGCAUAUCAGUGGUGGAGUGCUUAUCAUCAGAAGUUUCUCUCAUCCAGAAGAUCCUUGGAGUUUUUCCUUUUGUACUACCACAGUCCUCUUCACAAUGUGAAAUCUCUCACACUGCCUUGGUGAGAUUUUGUAAACCCCUUAUCCUUAGAUCCAAAAGGUAUGUUCAUCUUGGCUUGAUUAGCACAUGUUCAUUUAUACCACACUGUAUAGUUCUUUGUGGACCAGUGCAGGGCCUUAUUGAACAACAUGAGAAUGCUUUGCAUGGAGCAAUUAAAAUGCUUCAGCAGUUAUUUAAAGACUUUGGUCUAAGUUACAUGGCACAAGCCAACAACAAAAAUUAUAUAUCAAGUCCUCUUACUUUCAAGAAUAGUGGAGAAGGUGAUCAGCUAGCAGAAAUUGGUAAUGACUCAACACAAAGGCUGUAUCAGGGCACAAUUACAAAGAACAAAGAUGAACUGGCAAAAAUUCAGAGACGUGUAAUAGUACAUUCAAAUUUGGUAGUUCCAAACAAAGCAUUAGAAACAUACAGUCCAUGUUCAACACCAAAAUUGACACCAGCAGAUACAUAUCAAACAGAUGAAACACUGAGAUGUUUAUCUCCAAAUAAAAGCAGGAUAAUUGAUGACCAUGAACCAUUUAUUGAGAGUAAUUCUACUUCUAAUUCAACAACAGAAAACACCAGAAAAGAAAUUUCUUAUGGAAAUUUACAGGUGACAAAAAUUGCUGGCAAAGGGAGCAUUUUAUCAGUGGAAUAUAAGUCACUAGAGCUGUGUACUUCCCAAAGUAACUGUUCCUCAUCUUUGCCAGUAGGUUGUGUUUUGCCAGUGGGUGGUAAUUUUGAGAUCUUGUUACAUUACUAUCUUCUCAACUAUGCCAAAAAAUGCCAACAAUCAGAACAAACCAUGGUUAGUAUGAUAAUAGCUAAUGCACUUUUAGGUAUUCCCAAAAUCCUUUUUAAGUCUAAGAAAGGAAAUUAUAGCUUUCCCCAGAUAUAUGUAAGAGCUCUUUAUGCACUGAAAACCAGUCAGCCCAUGGAAAGCAGCAGUCAGACAGGCUUGGAGUCAGUUGCUGGUAAGUACCAGCUACUAACUUCAGUUCUUCAGUGUUUGACAAAAAUUUUAACCAUUGACUUGGUAAUCAAUAUUAAGAGGCAGCCUCAGAAAGUGUAUGAUCAAGAUUCAGAAGAUGAACUAUAAAAUCAAAACUUUUUUUUUUUUAACCAAAUUUUUAAUCCAGCUUAAGACAUAAAAUAAAGCUGACAUGUGACCAGUGAUUCUCAAGUCAUUUCGGUCCAGUUAGGAAAACAUGAUUAAAAUAUCUUUAGAAGAAAUAUACUAAGAGAGAAAUACACUGUAUGAGAAGCCAAGAUCUAGCUAUGUCUUUUUCUUCCUCCUUUUAUGCCUCUGUGUCUCAGCUUUGUGUUAGUCUGUGUAUUUGCAGGAGGGUUUUUCUUUAUAGCUCAUUUUUACUUUAUGUCUUUUUUACUCUCUUCAUCUCUCCUUCCUCAUCUGUGUUUAGCUCAUAGAAUUAUUUAGUCUCAGAUUAGAACGGGGUCUUAAAAUGCCAUCCCAUUUUAUUUGCUUCAUUUAAAAUAAUUUAGUUCCCGUACUCAUAAUUUCAUGUAGAAAAGCCUGGAUAGAGUUUCACCAGCCAUACACCAUUGAAUAUGUUACAGAAAGGAUAUGAAAUUCAUACUUUCAUUUUCUUGUGGCCCCUAAAAGCUUGUGAAGAUAAUGCUUGUAAUUGCUCGUUUUUCCUUGUUUUUGAUAACACAGCCAGAGUUCAAUAGUAACAAUAAUUUGAGAAUUAUUUCUUACUUUUAGUGUGAAGUUACAAAUGUUUGAUUCUAUUUUAAAAGUUUAUAAAUGCAGACAAUACUCUGCCUCUAGCUGUGGAGAAAGAUAAUGUCUGCUACUUUUACAUUCUUUGUCAACACCCAAAACACAGCUUUGUUUAUACCAAGUGUUCAGAAAUGCAUGUUGAAUAAAAUAGCAUGUUGAAUAAAAUAGCAUUAUCUUUAAUCCAUCCCUCUAAAUUCAUAUCACAAAAUCUUUUUGAGUGCUUACUAUAUGCCAAAUGCUGAGUAUACAUUGGUGAAUAAAAUAGACAUGGUUCCUGUCCUCAUACACCUUUCCUCAAAAGUUAAUGGGCAUGUACAUUAUGUGGAUUGAGGUUAAGUUUAAGACCGAAGGAGAACUAAACCCGAAUAAGUGGUGACUAAUAAUGUGUUUAAAAACUGACUUUCUAACAUGGAAUAUCUCAUGAUCUUUUACGUUAAAUAUAAUUCUGUUUUUUUUAGAUUUAUGCCAUAUAAUGAAUUAUUUCAUUUCUAUGACUAUGAGGAGAAUAAGUUUGCUUUGUUUCUUAUGUUGAAUUUAUAGAUGAAUGAAACUGCUUUGAAAUUGCAAUACAAUUUUUUUUCAUUCUUUUUUUUAAAUUAUUGCCUGUCAGGUCAUUUGAUAGUUUUGUUUUAUUUUGUUGUUGUUUUAAAUAUUCAUCUGUCUUCAAAGGCAUUCAAAGAUUUCUGGACAUGCCCAAUACCUUGCAUAUCAUAGGCAUGAAAUGCUAAAAUAGUCAACUAGUCCAGGAACCCCUUUGUAAGCCAGGGACUGGGUCUUUUAUAUGUUUGGCACCUGGUCCAUUAUCUGGCAUGCAAUAGGUAUCCAAUAAAUGUCUGUUGACAUACUGUUUAUUAAAUGAAUAGUCAUUCAGUCCUCAUCAAUGAGGUCAUGAUUUUUCUAUCAAAUGUUCAUGGGCAAAGAAUCUAGGGAGAAGGAGCAGGAAAUGUAUAACUGGCCUACAAAAAGCAUUCUUUUUUUCUUUUAAUUAAAAAUAAAAAAAAAUCCCUCAAAUAUGGUGGUAAAGCUUUCAUGGACCAUCCUUAUCAUUUACAGAAUGAUACCAGGGAGUUACAUCAUUGAGAUAGGAGAGCAUGUUUUAAAUGUAAUUUUAUUGUAUUUAUUAUACUCUCUUCCACAGAGGAUUUGGAGUUACUUACAAUAAAAACAGACAAAAUUAUGAUAAAACCUGAAUUAAAAAAAUGAAUCAAGACCAAGGAAAAGAUAAAGACAAAAAACAAGACCAUGUUCCUCUUUUCUAUUGCAUAAUGAAUAACCUUAAAAUAUAGGGAAUUUGAAUCAUUUUAUUACUACUCAUCAUUUUUCUGGGGGUUGACUGUGCUCACCUGGGCAGUUUACACUGUAUUCUACUGGCUGAGGCAGUCACAAAACUUCUGCUUAGAUUUAAGGGAGGGAACACACUCAAUGGAAAGAUUGUCAAUGUUAAAUUAUAAGAAGUGGGGCAGAAUAUAUUGAGGCAGUUGUCUUUGGAAAAUAACAAUCUGCUACACUAUGGAAGGGAAAAAGGUAAAUACAAAUUAACUUCUCAGCUGAGUUUUCUGUUACUAUUUUCUGAAGUUACGCGUCAGUCCACCCUCCCUCAAAUGCAUCUUUCCCCAAUAACCUUUUAUGAACCUCCUUAUUUUUUCUCAGAUUAGCACAUGCCAUUUUUAUGUGCUCCCCAAAACAAUAAACAUUAAAUAGUUGAAUUUUAACAUCCUUGAACUGCAGCAGCCAGGGGAGCUAUUUAAUCAUGUUAUACAGGAAGUGUCAUGGUGUCCAUGUUUCAAAUUAAAAGGGAGGAGGGAGGGGAAUGCAAUUUGAACUUGAACAUUUGUCAGAAAAUCCUCAUCCCUUCCCAAACGGAGUAGAAUAUAAAACUCUUAGUUUCCUAGGACUGCCAUAACAAAAUACCACAAACUUGGUGGUUCAAAACAACAAAAUUGUCUCUCAGUUCUGCAAGCUAAAGUCUGUAAGUAAGGCGUCAGUGGGAAUAUGUGUCAGUCAAAGUCAUAGGAAGGCAUCUGCCAUGCCUCCACUAGUUUCUAGUUACCAGCAAUCUUUAGGAUCCUUGGCUUUUGGCAGUAUAACUCUGCCUGUGUCACAUGUCUGUCACAUGUCCUCUCUGUGUCCAAAUUUCCUCUCCUUAUAAAUUCACCAGUCAUACUGAAUUAGGGCCCCCUCAAUCCAGUUUGGCCUCAAGAAAUGUCUUAAAAGAUACUGUUUCCAAAUAGGAUAACAUUCAUGGGACCAUGGGUUAGGAAUUGAACUUAACUUUUGCCGGGCAGGCACAGUUAAAUACAUGACAAUAUCCUUCCCAUUACAGCACAGCAGGGGAAACAAAAACCAUAUCUUACAAACCUAGGAUCCAGCACUAAGGGGAUUAAGAGGUGCAGUGCCUAGCAAACUGAUGCUCCAGGGUGUUAAAUUCUUUGUAUCAAGGAUUUCUGCAGAGUUUAUUGGAUUUAAUAAAGAAAAUAAGCAGCACAGUUAAUAUAGUUUGGUACUUAGAGCAAACAUUGAUAAUGACCUAUAUACAAAGUGUUCGUUGCAGAUUUGUAAUAGCAGAUAUUAACAACCUAAAUUCUAGAUGUGUACACUAAACGGGAAGAAGGGCAGCAAUUUGGGGGGAAACAGAUAGGGAGGUGAGAAGGCGAUUUCUUAGUGUAUACUUUAUAUCUUUUUCAUUUUUGAACCAUUUGAAUUUACCUAUUCAAAAAUGAAAUUAAAUUUAAAAAAUAGAUUUAGAGAAUGCUACCCCAAGAGUAAUAAAGUAAUAUGGAACCUGAUUUAAGGAAAUGCAAGAUUAGCAUAGAAGAAAACUAUGUGAGAGAUUCAGACAAAUCAAUAGAACUUUGACAGUAAAAGAAAAGGAAUACAAUCAAAAGAGAGAUUAUUUUCUGAAGCCAUACCUGGCUUAGAGUUUUCUCACCAGUUCUUGAAAAUCUGAGAACAUUCUCCCUUGGCAGCAUGCAUAGAGAUGUAAGCUAAAGAAGAGUGCUAGCAAGUAGUGUAGAUUUCUUCAGGGAAUUUCCAGAGUCUUGGAUCUGGCUCCCCCUUCUGCAGAUUCACCAUUGGAUUUUUUCAGCACACUGAGAAAGGCUCUGGCUCAGGGGUUGACUCACACUAACCAAGUUUGUGAGUGUAAUAAUUUGAAGAACUAGCCCAGGAACUGGAAUAUUCCAAGUCCACAUAACCAAAACAUUCUUUCCUUAUGGGUGGGCCCAUAUGGAAAGUCAGAUAAGAAUCAGGAGGUUGUUCUGUAGACAUGGAUCAGAACAAGAAAAAUCAGAUGAGCUGCUUGAUCCUAUUCUAUUCAUGCUCCAGUUUUCCAGGACUCAGUCCUGACUCUUUUCUCCACCUACACUUACUUCCUAAGUGAUCCCAUCCUGUUCCAUGGUUUUGGGUGCCACGGAUGCUGGUAAUUCCCAGUUUUAUAUUUCCAGGUUAGUCCUCUGAACAUCCAACUGAUUUAUCCAACUGUCAGUUCAGUCUCCACUUUAAUGCUUAAUAAGCAGCAUCCUCUUAACAUGUCCAAAAUGAAAUCAUGAUUUCCCAUCUCCUAAACCUGACUUUAUGCCAUCUCAGUUCAUGUCAUCACCAGUCCCCCACUUGCUCAGAACAGAAACCUGAGACAUCCUUGACCCCUUUCCUUCACAUCCCACAGCCAAUCUAUCAGCAAAUCCUGAUGACUCCACCUACAAAUAGAUUCCAAAUUCAUCCAUUUUUUGUCAAUGAUGCCAUUGUCACCCUCCUCCAAACCACUUCUAUCAUUUGCGCAGCCUCCUAAUGGUCUUCCUUCUAUCUCACCUCAUAAUUCUCUAGAAUGAUAUUUCCCAACUUUGUAUUAAAAUUUUUUAAACCCACAGAAAAGUUGAAAGAAAAGUGCAAUACAUCCAUCAUUUAGAUUCUCCAAUUAACGUUUAAGCCCCCUUUGUGCAUGUGCAUAUGCACAAACACAUAUUUUACUAAACCAUUUGAAAGUAAGUUGUAGGCAUCAAUAUUCUUUAUCCCUCAGUAUUUCAGUAUGUAUUUGCUAUGAACGAAGGCUUUCCCAGACAUGACUGGGUGAUUCUUUUAAAAAUCAUAUCAUGUCAUUCCCCUGCUCAAAGUCAUUCAAAGGACUUCCUUCACACACAGGAUGAAAUCCAAACUUAAUGUCUUCAGAGUUCUGCAUGAUUUGGCCCUGCCUAUCCAUUAGAUUUCUUCUACCAUUCUCCCUCUAGCUUUCUCCCCACCAGUUACACUGACUAUGUCAGUCAAGAAAAUUUGUGCCAUACUUGUAGCAACUCCAAAUUGCAAAGGCUUAAAACGAAAUUUAUUUCUUGCUCACAUUAUGUGUCUAUUAGUGGUCACAUUGUUGUCUUCCUUAUUUCUAGAUUCAGACUUUGAUGGAGCAGCCACUAUCUGGAGCAUUACCAAUCAUCAUGCCAGAGAGAAAAGAGCUCUAGAGGGUCUUACGUUAGGAAUUAAGUGUUCUUUCCAUAAAUGACAUGCCAUUUCUGCCCAUGACUCAUUGUCCAGACUAGUCAUACGGUCUUACCCAUUCACAGAAGAACCAGGUAGCACAAUGCCUGUUAUAUUUUUAAAUAGAUGCUUAAUAAAUAUUAGCUUUAUUCUUCCUCUGGUUGACUAUACAUUUUUAACUUUUCCCCCUUCUUCCAGUCUUUUAGUCAUGCUAGCAAAUCUAUGUCCUAAUUGUGGCCUCAUGGAUACAGAAGAGACCUUUGAGACCCAUGCCAGUAGGGACUAUGUAGGUCACAGAAAGCAGAAAUUUUUUGGCAGAUUGUAUUGUCUCCUAUAUCUCCUUUGCCAUAUGCUUUUUUAAACAGUGUGACUUUGACAUUCCUAUAGAGUGAGGGAACUAGUGUCUUCUCCCCUUUAACCUUAGUGAAGCCUUCUGACUGCUUUGCCUAAUAGACUACAAUGAAAGUGACACUGUGUGACUUCUUAGUAAAAGACAAUAUAUCUUUCUCCUGGUACUCUUGCAACUAGCCCUUGGAACCCAACCACCAUGCUGUAAGGAAGCUUAAGCAGUCCGUGGAGGGACUGAUAAUGGGAAGUUCCAAGGUCUCAGUCCACAUACCUUGGCAAAGUUUGCCACCAACACCUAGCACCAACUUUCCAAUCAUUCUAGUGAGUCUUUGAAAUGGAUCCUUCAGUGGCCAGAAUUUACAGGAUUUAUUUGUGUGAGUUGUGUCUACCCUCAGCUAGAAAAUAUUGUACCAAAAGAAAAAUAUUCUAUUUUCAAAAUUCAAUCUUAAUUUAUGAGUAAGUUAGACAGUAUUGGAAUAUUCAGUUGGUUUGCACUUACAGAGCUAUGCAGGUUUUCAAAACAUUGGCAGGCUGUUGAGUCAGUUUGCUAAAUAGCCAUUGUCUUCAGCCUCUCAAGUGCAAACACCCUUCUUACCCCCAAUACUACCACCCUGGCCUCCCAGCCCCUCUCCCAGGAUGCCUUGCACUACCCUUCAGGUUAACACCUGGCUCAGCAAGGGGACCUCCAGGGAUCCUGCUCCAGUUCUUUGGUGUCCACUUGAAUUGGUUAAGUAUUAACCAUGCCACAUAGGUUAAGUAUUUUAACUAUCACUCCUUAAUGCACUGCAUAUAUUUCACGUGCAUGCAUUAAUGUGAUCACAACAUACGUACUGUUUUUUAGUGAUUUUUUUCUUUUCUGUAUUGUUUAGCUCCCUACUCUUUUCCACACCCUCUUCAUAUUGUAACCCAACCACCAUUCCACAAAACAGGUAGUCCCAUGAACCACCUAGCAGAUAUCCUUCCAUAUUUUUUGCUAGGCUGCUUAUAAAACCAUAUACAAAUUUGUGCAUACAUAUUCAUAUAUGUGCUAUUACAUAUACCUACAUAGUGUUUGGGGUCAAAUGAAACCGUGUUAUUCAUACUUUCCUGCAUAACAAAUACUUUUAAAUGUUAACUAUGGUUUUGACAGCACUUGGAUUGUUUUUGACAUGCUAGGAUGGGAUACCUCUUGUCUCAUUCACUACUCCAUGAGGAAGCAGAGGGACUUAACCUCCCUGAUGGGUUUGGGCAAAAGAAUUGUGCAUGCUAAGCCCUGCACUUCCUUUCUUUGUCUUAAGAGAAAGAAGCAGUUAGCAGGUUCACCCCUGCAGAACUGUAUGGGAAUCAGUGGUGUCAGGGACCAGAACUGAAGCAUUCUGUCAGAUUCAGAGAUGAAGCAUUGACUUGCCUGCUCAACUGGAACUCUAAGCCCUGAGGUCCAGUAUCAGAAUUAUCAGGAGUUCAGUCUCCCUCAGCCUGACUCUGCGAUGCCCUGCCAGCGAAUAUUGCAUUCCGUGAGGGAAGAAAGACAAGUUACUUUUGGGUCCCUGUACCAAUUUGUAUGUAUUAUGUCCCCCAGAAAAAGCCACAUUCUUUAAUGUAAUCUUGUGGGGGCAGACAGAUCAGUGUUGAUUAAGUUGGGACCUACUGAUUGAGUGUUUCCAUG